CGCUAUGGACGUAUUGAGGCCAGCACUCAUUAACAUCAAUGGCAGGAUUUACCGCAGAAAUCCUGUUAAAGAAGAACAUUAUGAAGAUGAAGAGGAGGAAGCUUUCUCAUACUCUGGACCAGGCUUGAGUUUACACAGAGUGGUGCGAAAACCAAAAAACAUCCUGUUUGCGGAGGGUCUGCAGGCUGAAACACCUUGUUGAUGAGAGACAUCAGAGGGGAAUGGCCAUACUGGACUAUAUCAGUGACCAGUGCAUGGAUGAACCUUGUGACACGAGUAACAUUGAGCAGACAGACCAGGGCUUUCGCUGUGCCAUAGAGGUCCCGAGUGUUCUUUACAAGUACAUCAUUGGAAAGAAAGGCGAGACACGGAGACGACUGGAAGCAGAGACUAAAACUACAAUCAUCAUUCCAAAACAAGGAGUAGAAGGACAGAUAGUGAUCACAGGCUCUCAUAAGGCAGCAGUAGCGUCAGCUGUAACACGUGUCGAGGUUUUGAUCGAGAGCUUCCGCAGGAAACAGCCGUUCUCUCACUUUCUGUCCUUCGCUCUGAACCACCCACCGAUUCAGGAAGGGUUUAAACGCUUUAAAGAGGAAGUUUUGGAUCACUGCUCUCAGGAUAUGAGAGUGGAUGCGAGCAUCUUUCAAAAUCAAGCGAAGCUGCACCUCACCAUAGGAACCCUUGCACUCCUAAAUGAACAGGAAGUGAUGCGAGCAUCUGAACUUCUCACACAGUGUCAAGGUUUCAUCAGAGACAUAACAGAAGGAAAGCCAUUAGCUCUGGAGGUGAAAGGAAUAGAGUACAUGAAUGAUGAUCCCUCCAUGGUGGACGUCCUGUAUGCCAAAGUGUGUGUUCAGGAUGGCUCUGACAAACUGCAGCAGAUCGCAGACAGGCUGGUGGAGUGUUUUGUAGCAGCAGGACUGAUGGUGAAAGAGUGGGACAGAGUGAAGCUUCACGCUACUGUCAUGAACACAUUGUUCAGGAAGGAUCCCUCAGCCGAGGAUAAAGGAGGUGCAGGAAGGCCCAGUGUGAAAGAUCGAGAAGCUUUUGAUGCCAGGAACAUUUUGGAGAGAUUUAAGGAGUUUUAUUUUGGUAAAUGUCAAUUGGACUCGGUGCAGCUCUCUCAGAGAUUCUCCUCCGACUGUACAGGAUACUACUCAUCUGCUGGAAGAGUCACCUUCAUCUGAUCUGGCUGUUCUGUACACACACACACACACACACACACACACACACACACACAAAUUGAAUCAAAUAGACUGCCAGUGAGGGAUUCUUUAUUAUGGAGUGCAUAUAUUCCACUAUUAUGGAUAAUUUUACACUCUCAAAUAUUACACUUUGAAGCCUUAAGGAGAAAUUAUUAAAGGUUCCAACUAGAACCCUUUUAUAUAAUAACCUGAAGUAUCCAAGGAACCACUGAAGGUUUCUUUUUUUCUAAGAGUGUAUAGUUUGGCUACUGAAAGUGCUGUUAGUGAUAUCAGUGGUGCAUGCUUUUGGUGGCAGUAUAAUUUUAUUACAUUAAAAUAAGUUUCAUCAGUC